GCGCUCCCGCCUCUUCCGCCUCGCCGCCCCGCCCAGGCCUCGCCCCUCGGCGCUCCCGCCCCUCCCCCUCCCUGUUGCUAGCUUUCUGUCAGCCUUUCUCCCUCUCCCUCUCCCCUCUCCUUCCUCUCGCUUACUCUCUCGCACCUGAGCGCACGCACCUGCCCGGGCCCGGCUCCCUCUUCCUCCUCCCCUCCCUCAUUCCCCGCCGGGCCUCGGGAGCCUCUUGGCUGCGUCACCGCCGCCCCCCAAGACAAAAUGGACACCGCCGAAGAAGACAUAUGUAGAGUGUGUCGGUCAGAAGGAACACCUGAGAAACCGCUUUAUCAUCCUUGUGUAUGUACUGGCAGUAUUAAGUUUAUCCAUCAAGAAUGCUUAGUUCAGUGGCUGAAACACAGUCGAAAAGAAUACUGUGAAUUAUGCAAACACAGAUUUGCUUUUACACCAAUUUAUUCUCCAGAUAUGCCUUCACGGCUUCCAAUUCAAGACAUAUUUGCUGGACUGGUUACAAGUAUUGGUACUGCAAUACGAUAUUGGUUUCAUUAUACACUUGUGGCCUUUGCAUGGUUGGGAGUUGUUCCUCUUACAGCAUGCCGCAUCUACAAGUGCUUGUUUACUGGCUCCGUGAGCUCACUACUGACACUGCCAUUAGAUAUGCUGUCAACGGAAAAUUUGUUGGCAGAUUGUUUGCAGGGUUGUUUUGUGGUGACAUGUACCCUGUGUGCAUUCAUCAGCCUGGUGUGGUUGAGAGAGCAGAUAGUCCAUGGGGGAGCACCAAUUUGGUUGGAGCAUGCUGCUCCACCCUUCAAUGCUGCGGGACAUCACCAAAAUGAGGCUCCAGCAGGAGGAAAUGGUGCAGAAAAUGUUGCUGCUGAUCAGCCUGCUAACCCACCAGCUGAGAAUGCAGUGGUGGGGGAAAACCCUGAGGCCCAGGAUGACCAGGCAGAAGAGGAUGAGGAGGAGAAUGAGGAGGAAGAUGAUGCUGGUGUGGAAGAUGCAGCAGAUGCUAAUAACGGAGCUCAGGAUGACAUGAAUUGGAAUGCUUUAGAAUGGGACCGAGCUGCUGAAGAGCUUACAUGGGAAAGAGUACGACCUUUUUCUAUGCUAGGACUUGAUGGAUCACUAGUUUUUCUGGAACAUGUCUUCUGGGUGGUAUCUUUAAAUACACUGUUCAUUCUUGUUUUUGCAUUUUGCCCUUACCAUAUUGGUCAUUUCUCCCUUGUUGGUUUGGGAUUUGAAGAACACGUCCAAGCAUCUCAUUUUGAAGGCCUAAUCACCACCAUAGUUGGGUAUAUACUUCUAGCAAUAACACUGAUAAUUUGUCAUGGCUUGGCAACUCUUGUGAAAUUUCAUAGGUCUCGUCGCUUACUAGGAGUCUGCUAUAUUGUUGUUAAGGUCUCUUUGUUAGUGGUGGUAGAAAUUGGAGUCUUCCCUCUCAUUUGUGGUUGGUGGCUGGAUAUCUGUUCCUUGGAAAUGUUUGAUGCCACUCUGAAAGAUCGAGAACUGAGCUUUCAGUCUGCUCCAGGUACUACCAUGUUUCUGCAUUGGCUAGUGGGAAUGGUGUAUGUCUUCUACUUUGCCUCCUUCAUUCUAUUACUGAGAGAGGUACUUCGACCUGGUGUCCUAUGGUUUCUAAGGAAUUUGAACGAUCCAGAUUUCAAUCCAGUACAGGAAAUGAUCCAUUUGCCAAUAUAUAGGCAUCUCCGAAGAUUUAUUUUGUCAGUGAUUGUCUUUGGCUCCAUUGUCCUCCUGAUGCUUUGGCUUCCUAUACGUAUAAUUAAGAGUUUGCUGCCUAAUUUUCUUCCAUAUAAUGUCAUGCUCUACAGUGAUGCUCCGGUGAGUGAACUGUCUCUCGAGCUGCUUCUGCUUCAGGUUGUCUUACCAGCAUUACUUGAACAGGGGCACACGAGGCAGUGGCUGAAGGGGCUGGUGCGAGCAUGGACCAUGACUGCUGGAUACUUGCUGGAUCUUCAUUCUUACUUAUUGGGAGACCAGGAAGAAAAUGAGAACAGUGCAAAUCAACAAGUCAACAAUAAUCAACAUGCUCGAAAUAACAACGCUAUUCCUGUGGUGGGGGAAGGCCUGCAUGCAGCCCAUCAAGCCAUACUCCAGCAGGGAGGGCCUGUUGGCUUUCAGCCUUACCGCCGACCUUUAAAUUUUCCACUCAGGAUAUUUCUGUUGAUUGUCUUCAUGUGUAUAACAUUACUGAUUGCCAGCCUCAUCUGCCUUACUUUACCAGUAUUUGCUGGCCGUUGGUUAAUGUCAUUUUGGACGGGGACUGCCAAAAUCCAUGAGCUCUACACAGCUGCUUGUGGUCUCUAUGUUUGCUGGCUAACCAUAAGGGCUGUGACGGUGCUGGUGGCAUGGAUGCCUCAGGGACGCAGAGUGAUCUUCCAGAAGGUUAAAGAGUGGUCUCUCAUGAUCAUGAAGACUUUGAUAGUUGCGGUGCUGUUGGCUGGAGUUGUCCCUCUCCUUUUGGGGCUCCUGUUUGAGCUGGUCAUCGUUGCUCCCCUGAGGGUUCCUUUGGAUCAGACUCCACUUUUUUAUCCAUGGCAGGACUGGGCACUUGGAGUCCUGCAUGCCAAAAUCAUUGCAGCUAUAACGUUGAUGGGUCCUCAGUGGUGGUUGAAAACUGUAAUUGAACAGGUUUACGCAAAUGGCAUCCGGAACAUUGACCUUCACUAUAUUGUUCGUAAACUGGCAGCUCCAGUGAUUUCUGUACUGUUGCUUUCCCUGUGUGUACCUUAUGUCAUAGCUUCUGGUGUUGUUCCUUUACUAGGUGUUACUGCAGAAAUGCAAAACUUAGUCCAUCGGCGGAUUUAUCCAUUUUUACUGAUGGUUGUGGUAUUGAUGGCAAUCUUGUCCUUCCAAGUCCGCCAGUUUAAGCGCCUUUAUGAACAUAUUAAAAAUGACAAAUACCUUGUAGGGCAACGACUUGUGAACUACGAACGGAAAUCUGGCAAACAAGGCUCAUCUCCACCACCUCCACAGUCAUCCCAAGAAUAAAGUGGUUGUCUCAGCAACUUGACCUUCUCCUUUUCGUGUCCUUUUUUGUGGACUUCUCUCCUUGGAGAUUUUUCCCAGUGAUCUCUCAGCGUUGUUUUUAAGUUAAAUAUAUUUGACUUUUGUUCUCAGCAUUCAGAGAGCAGUGGUGUAAGGCUCUGCUGCUCUUCCCUGCAUUUCUGACAUUACUGCUGUCUGAGAUUUGUAUAUGUGUAAAUAGAAGUUCCUUGAUACCUUAAAACCUUGGAUUAAACAGAAUGUGCAUUGUACAUCUUUAAACAAAAUGUAUAUUAAUUUAUUAAAUCUAGUUGUCACUUUAUUUUGGACCUGCUGUGAUCUUGACAGGAAACGUGCCACAGAGCAGUAGUGCACAGGCGAGACUUUUCAGUGACGUCUUGUGGAGCACAGUUCAUGAUGCUCCUAGCAGCUCUCAUUAAGGGAACUGUACAUUCAUUCUUUCUUGGCUAUUCAGACCUUACCAAGAACGUAAAAGGAAGCAAGUAGAAAUCAGUAGUGGAGUGUCUGUGGUAAGAAAACAUGAACUUUAUGCUUCACUGUUAGUUGUUUGUCGAGAUUAUUUUGUAUAACACCAAAGCUGUUGUACAUUUUCUACUGCCUGAUUUUUUCAUGUGUCUGUGUUUGUUAAACUGUAUGGUAUCUUGUGCUAGGUGAGGAAAUUAUUUUUAAUUUUGAUAAUUUAAUAUUCCUGAUGUGAUCAGCAUCGGGAGUUGGGUUUCAGUGCUUGUUAGGGGCAUGUCUAUACUUAGAAAAAAGUCCAAAUAAAGAUUUUCGUUAGCUCCCCAACCCUCCUCCCCCACCACCAUCCUCCCUUUUCCACACACAACUAUCUCUUUUUUGUAGCAGUGGCCAAAAGUCAUGCAAGGACAUACAUCUUUCAGAAUGACAUCACCAACUGUACUGCAUCUUACUGGAUUUAGGACUUCUGAGAUGCUUGUGAAGUAUAGAUGUGGUCGUGGUCUUAGAUUAACAGCAUUGGAGAAGACUGGUUAGAACAUUUGGUCUUGCCUCAUUGGGUGAGUGAGGAUUAGGUGUGCAUUUCUCCGAGCUUUUCAUCAGGAAUUCCCAAAGUUUCCAAAGCUUUUUGUUUACAGAAUAAAACUUCAAAUAAAACCAAUUCAUUAUUUGUCCAGAAGGAGGAAGCUUGGCCGAGGUGGCCUUUUAACAUAGGAAUUAAUUUCAUUGGAAACUUUCUGAAAAAUCUCAGAGAACUGAACCUUACAGACUUUUCCCCUCAUAACCAAAGCUUUGAGUUAGAAGUUUAGAAAAAUAGAAUGGUUGGGUACAUGAUCUAAGUGUUUAAUGCUUGAGGUACAUUGUAAGUUUAGUAUUUGUUUUUGAAUGAUAAUUUAGAAGAUCUCAUAGGAAGUAUAUAGCAUAGGUCUUCAGAAACUGUAAAAGAAUUAUCAUAUAUUAUUAAACCCCAUGGACUAAAAUCUGAGAAUUUUAACAUAUGCAAGUCAGCCAAACAUAAGUUACCAAAAUCAAGAGCAAUGUGUUCUGGUGGUUUUAUAUGUCAGCAAUUUUUCCCCUAAGUGGUAAGUAAUUACAUUAAAAUAUAUUUUUAAAAACACCAGUAUCAGAAAUAAUGCUUGACAUAGGAUUCAGUGUUAACACUCUUAGGCACUUUGGAGUAGCCCUUUCUCUCAUUUGAAGGUAAGGUCUUUGUUGCCCUACCUUUACUCAGAAAUUUAGGCCUAUAAAAAUGUAAGAGGAUUUUAAAAUGUAAUGCUGCCUGUCACAGUGUAUUUAUAAUGUAAAUUAUUUUAUUUGAGAGAAAAAUAUUGAAUUAGGCAUAUAACUUGAUUUUAUAUAAUUUUUUUUUUUUUUUUUGGAUACGGAGCCUCACUCUGUUGCUCAGGCUGAAUUGCAGUGGCAUGAUUCUGGCUCACCGCAACCUUUGCCUCCCAGAUUCAAGCAGUUCUCCUGCCUCAGCCUUCUGAGUAGCUGGCACUGCAGGUGCACGCCACCAUGCCUGGCUAAUUUUAGUAUUUUUAGUAGAGAUGGGGUUUCACCAUGUUGGCCAGGCUGGUCUUGAACUCCUGACUGCAAAUAAUCCAUCUGCCUGUCUUGGCCUCCCAAAGUGCUGGGAUUACAGCAGGUGUGAGCCACCAUGCCUGGCCAACUUGAUAAAUUUUUUUUUUUUUUUUUUUUAGUUUUCAAAGAAUUUGUGGAUCUUGGUAUAAAGUCAUUGGAACAUACCUUGUUUUAACAGAAAGAGAUCCUGGGCAGGUACUUCAAAAGGUUAAAAAUUCUUAAUCCUACAUAAUUUUAAAUGAAUCUUGAUGUUUUGUAAAAAAACAAUAUGGCCAAAAAAUUGCCCUCCAUUUCACUGGCAGGUAAUUUAUAUUGUCUUACUUAAGAAUUCUCCACUAGUUUUUCAGUUGUACUUUAUAUCCUAUUGUUUUCAAUGAGAUAUAAGUAUUUUCAUAGGGAAAGCAUUUUCUGGCAUAGUAUUUGCUUGGGCAGCAUCCAGGUUUUAUUAUUCAUAUUAAUCAAGAGUCUUUUAAAUAUUUAAAACCCAUAGUUCAGAAAAUGCUAGUAUUGCUGCCUUCUUCACAUUUUUUAAAAAAAAUCAUAGUAUAAUUUUGCUUCAUUUUAUAUUGGGUUAAAACAACCUUCAAGAAAGUUAACUAGGAAUGACCAUUUUGUUUUAUUUUUAUUAUUUAUAAAUUGAGGACAAAUCAGCAUUUGGGGUUAGUUGUACUGGUUAUCAAAUGGUCAUAGUAUAUGAAGUGUGCAAUUGUUCAUUAUUACUAAAUUAUGUUUGAUUUUUAAACUAUUUAAUACUAAUAGUUGAGAUGAAAACUGAAGAAAAAUGCCAAUGUGGAGUUAGUGUAUAGCUAGUCUUAAAAAAUAACCUCCAUGUAUUUAGGUGAUUUUUCCCCCGUUAGUUCUCUGCAGAAACAGUGAAGAUGGGCCAUCUCAAUUCCAGAUGUAAACUUUUAAAAAUAAUUUUAUUUCAACAUUUAAUGUAACUGUUAUUCUUGUGGAUUCUUGUGUAUUUUCUUUCCCUUACUCAAGUAAUAACUUUCCUUCAAAUGAUAUGAUCCAAGAUACAUCAUUUCUGUAUUGGCAAAAUGCCACUAUUAAAGUGUAAUUCUUGAAUUUAGGUUGAAUUGAUGACUUUUUAAAACAAAACAAACACUGGACAUUUCUACAUUGUAUUGCGUUUGCGAAUGUGCGUGAACACGCACACAUGCAGGAAAAUUUAGUGCCACAGAACACUGGCACUUUUUAAAACUUGGCAAAUUAACUACUUUUCAUUUUCAGGGUUGAGUAUUCUAAGCUCUCUACUUAAUGUGAGAAGUUUUCUACAUUGUAAAAUUAAAAGAUUAUGUUUAAAAUACUCCUUUAGGUUGUUAAUUAUUCAGCCAUCAAGAAAAAAACAACUAAAAUGUCUUACCACUGAAGUAUUAUUAAAAGCCUCAUUUGUGGAGAUUCACUAA